AUGUCCACCCCUCCCACUACCAAUACUGGUGUGGGAGUGAAUGUUACUGAGCCAAGGGCUCCUCGUUUUCAGCCACCCCCUUACAAUCUUAAUCCUCCGCGCUUCCCUCACCCGGUCUUUCAUCCUCACCCCCCAGUCUUUCAUCCUCACCAUCCCACUUUCCCCCCCUUCGGUCAAGGGGGUGGUGCUCGAGGUCGAGGGUUUAUGCAAGGCCCAGGUGGAGGCCGUGGUGGAGGCCGUGGUCGUGGUUGGAUUCCGCCUGCCCAGCUCCGGAUUCGAGGUCAGGCUAACCGGUUCUAUCACCCCAAUGGUCCAGCCGCUGGGGUGCCGUUUGGUCAGGGUCAUGCUCCGUUCUUCAAUUCCAACCGGGCUCAGGUUGACAUUGACAACUUCUUGAAUCAACAUCCGAUUCCACCUGCGGUUCAACGCCGCCCAACUCCAAUUCCGGUUCCGUCCUCGCCUAGUGUUCCUGCCGCUAACGCUGCUAGAGCUCCUAGCAACCUCAGCUCUAUCCGUUGCGGCGAUAGUUUUCAUACCGCUGAAUACUUCCUCGCUCCUCAAGUUCAAGUCGCGUCUCCGACUCCCGCGGGUAUGUAUGAUCCUGACGAUUAUCACCUCCUGGCUCGUCACCAGAUCGGAUCUUUGCUAGACCGCCGCGCAGCGCCCGAGCGCUUUGAUCGUUAUGAGUUUACGCCCCAGCAUUUCGAUGAAUUUUACCAGUCAGCUACUUCGGCCCCGGUCCAUCAUUGGACCCGUCAUCCUGCCGCCAACGCCAACGAACGUCAAGAUCGGGUUCGUUUGUUUCAGUUCAUCACUCACCAAUACCGUACCAUGACUCGCCGAGUCGUGUAG